GAAAAAAGGUUGGUGAUAAGUGGGAAUUCCGCAAAAUAUGCGAUCAGUAUAGUGACUUCUCCACUGGCUGGAAUGUCUUGCAUCACGCGGUUGAAAUUGGACAUUUUGAGAUUUGCAAAUUCUUGAUCAAGAGCAUCCAAGUUUCUGUUGAUCCCUUCACUUACAAGAUGGAUACUCCAAUAGCACAAGCUGCCAAAGGGGGACAUGUCAAAAUUGUGGAGUUUCUCAUUGAACAUGGUUCUGACACUAAACUUGCAAAUGUUGAGGGAUUCGCUCCCUUGCACUACGCAAUUCUUAAAGGUAAUAUGGAGCUUAUGAAAUUGUUGCUGAGAAACCGUGCUUACGUAGAAGCACAGUGUGUAGAUGGAACGCCUUUACAAAUGGCUGUUUCUCGUGGAAAUGUUGAGGCUGUCAAGUUUCUCUUGUCUAGUGGCGCAAACCCAGAUUAUUAUUAUGCAGUUGCGGACACCCCUCUUGGAAUCGCAGUCAAGUCUCGCUCAUUUGAAUGCCUGAAAUUGCUGCUCAAGGCUAAUGCAGACCCGAAUGUCUAUUUCAACGGGUUUAGUCCUUUGUCAGCUGCUGCGAGAGAUGAUGACACAAAAUUUCUUACAUCAUUGCUUGCAGCUAAAGCAGAUCCAAAUUUAAAAGAAGAAGAUGUCUUUAAACCUAUCGAGGAGGCUGCUAUGUUGUGUAACCGUGCAGCUAUGGAGAUUUUACUCCCAGUGACUAAACGGCUUGAAUAUCAUCCAAAUUGGACUAUCGAUGGCAUAAUCGAACACAUCCAGUCUGAUGAAUUUUAUGCAUUGGGCGCGUUGAAAAUGCAAAUACUCUUGACUAAACUGGACAACAGAGGGAUGGAAUGCGCGAUGAAUAAGGAAUUAUACUCUGCAAUGUUGCAAUAUAAAACGGCUAGUAAUUUUCGUCCAUGUAACACGACAUGGCUGUCAAAGCUAAGCAUGUGGGAAACGCGCUUGGAUUUGAAGAUUCCUGCUUUGUUAGGUGCUCAGAAAUGCAUUAGACUCAUGCCUGACCUCCCCAUCCCCAUUCGAGGAGAAAUUGAUUUUGCAGCUAAUGUGAUAGUUAUGAGAUUCCUCAUGACAACCCUUGCCUUCUCCUUGGAUCCUUACAACAAGGCUGCUGGUAAAUCAUUUAGAGUUUGUUUGUUUGAUUACUUUGUUUGGAUGACUCAGGCGAGCAGCUCGGACGAGAUCUUGAGUAUUAUUGGAUGUUUAACAUCAUAGAUAAUGUUGGAUCAUACUCUAUGGUCACACUCAUAUACAUUGAUUCGUAGUGUUAUGUUACAUGCUUAAUUGCAUUGUUUCUCGGCUAUAUGUAGCAUGUAUAUAGUACUA